ACUAGUCCAUUUCAUUGUGUUUGUGAAAUCUAUUUAACUAGUUUUGUCCGUUUUACCGAAUCUUACUUACAAAUUUAGAAUAAAAACGAGAUUUCUCGCAGCUUAGCUUCUUGUAAUACAAACGAGAAUAAAUAAAUGUGUAUCUGAACCAACUUAAACAAUGGAGAACGAUAUCAACAAACCAUACAAGAUUUGUGAUGUAAACCGAGACAAGAAGAAAGGCAUUGUGGCUGUUUCCUUGGAGGAUUUAUUGACUAAAGUACCAGACAAGUUGGGUUUACCUUCUGAGAAUCUAACAGUAGUGUUAGAGUCCGACGGGACGGAGGUAGAUGAUGAAGAAUAUUUUUCUACACUUGAUCCUGACACUUCACUUAUGAUUCUACAUGGAAACGAAAAGUGGGCGCCAAAUAUGCCGAAGUGCCAAGUGUCUCUUGAUCAGACCGAUGAAGUAACAUUGGGAGAUAAAGGCCAAGUUGCAAACCUUGUUGGGCGGCUACAGCAUAACCUGUGCCACAUAUCUUUACUAGGCGGUCAGGAUUUAGAACUACUAUCUGAUAUGGAUCCCGACAGUCUCGCCGACAUUGUUACUGAUAGAGACAACAGAAUCAUUUUGGAACACAUCAAAGAAGCCUCAGGAAGAAUAUUAUUGGAAAAGCGACAGGCACAAGAUGCAAUGGAACUUCUGAAACUGUACCACCAGAGUGUUGCUAAUGGAGCUGAAGAUAUAACUCCACCGCCAAAGCAAGAGAGGGUGUAGGAAUGAGUGUAUUAGUUUCCAUCAAAUUACUAGUAUUAACCCUCAAUUAUUUUUAAGGGAUAGAAAAAAGUCUCAAAAGUUUACAAAGAUUUUUAUUAAUUUUUAAGGUUCAAUAUGUAAAAACAAGAAAGAUUAUUUGUUUUAACAUAUUGAAUUUUUUAGCAAAAUUAAGAGAGUUGCCUAAAAUCAUCUCAGUUUACCAAUCUUGAUAAUAAAUAAUUAUUUAAUACACCAAUUAAUGAGGCCUUUCACAGUUCAGAUUUUUAUAGAAUUUGUAACUUUGAGUUAAUUUUUUGUGCAUUAAAUGUUUUUUAAGUCUAACCAUUCUAUCAUGCAGUUUGUUAGAAGAGGUAAGAACUAAGCAGGUAGUUAUGUGAUGAAAUUGUAGAUGUUAAUUAAAUAAGACUUUAAUCUUAUGAAUAUGAGCUGAAUUGAAAGUAUUAGUAUGUUAUCAGUAUAAGACAUAUUAUAAGGUAACAUGUGAAUAAUAUAAUGUUAAAUAUUUCUUAAAUACCAAAUUAUUUUCAUUUGAUGAUAUUUUAGCAAUAGCCUUAAUUUUAAAAUUUUGUUUCACACAAUGUGUUUACCAAUCAGUGGUUGAUUUGGAUUUUUCAUGGAAUUGUUUAUUGUUACGCUGGCAUUGAAUCCUAACAUGUUAAGGAUAAAACUUUAUUUAUUUGUUUAUUAUAAAACCAAAAUAUUGCUAACACCACAUUUCUCCAAAUGUUUAGGACAUUAUAAUAGAUUUGCUAGAAUAUCAACAUUUUAGAUGGUCACUAUUUUCUUACUAUGUCUGCUCAUUUUGUAAACUUUUGAGGAAUAAAUUGCCACAAGGUUGAUAAACAACAUCAAUUCAAAAGACUGAUAGUUGGUAAACUAUUUCUUUUUUAUAUAGUUUUACCCCUAGAUUAAGAUAUUAUUAUUUCAAUUCCAAAUUUGCUCAAACCAUUCAAAUAUUAUGUAAGUUUUCCUAUGUUCAAACCCACUGCCAUCUAAUCACUGUCUUAUUAAAUCAUACCAAUGUGUUAACCCAUACAAUAUUUUAGAAAGUGUAAUUAAAGGGUGUGAAUUGAAUGGAUUAUUCCCUUAAGCAUAUUAUUAUUAGAUCUUAAGAAGAGUACAUACUUUCUUGUGCUCUAUAUUGAAUAAAAAUAUAUGUUUGCACUAUUUAUGAAUGUAUCUUUUUAAAACAUAAAGCUGUGUGCACAACCAGCAAAAUUAUGUAAUGCUGAAUCUCAUUGCUUAGGUAUUUAUUCUAAGUCUAGGUAUAUUGAAAUAGCGCCUAUUUAGUAUAUGUAUGUAUUACAUGAACACAUUUAUUACAUUGUCAUAACUUAUUGAAAUUUGUUACUUUUAAAAAAUGUACAAGUAAAAUUGAUUUCCAUGCUCUCAUGCACUUUCAAAAGUAACUUUCAAUGCUUUGUUAUAUGAAAUCAAUAUUAAACUAGUGCUCCAAUCAAUAAUGCAUGAGUUGUUUAACACUAAUACCUGUUAUAUUGUAAAAUAAGAACCUUAAUUCAUGUUAAAAUCUAGUGCCAAUGUAAGAAAAAUAGUAGCAAUCUAUAUACAUAAAAUAUGUACCUACUUCUUUUAUCAACUUCUUGAAUAUUUUGGUGUUAGCUCAGUUUAUUUGGCAUUAUAUUUGUUGAAGUAUUUCAAUAUAAUUUGCAAUGUAACUAGAGCAGGAUGCAAACUUUGUAUUGGUAUUAUAGGAAUUGUUGAAUCUGCCAUAAUUCCUAUAGUGGAAUUGAUAGAACUUGUAACUUUUUUUCUGUGCACAAUAUAUAAAAUUGUCGGGCUUUUGUAUUUUUCAUUU